GCCGGCGACGUCGCAGCGCCGGGGCCGGGGCGCGUGAGCCGCGCGGGGCGCUGGGCCUGGCUCCCGAGCUGUCCUGCGCCGCAGGUCGUCGACGGACGGCGGCUCCGGGAGGAGCGCGGGGCGGAGGCAGGUGUCGGGGUCAGCCGCGUCGCGGACCGGGGCCCCGGCCAUGGAAGGGACGCAGCCGCUUCCGCAGUCCGAUCUGCCGCUGUGCGACAGCCUCAUCAUCUGGCUGCAGACAUUCAAUACUUCUGCACCUUGUCAAGAUGUGAAACAGCUGACUAACGGAGUUGCCAUGGCACAAGUUCUAAAUCAGAUCGAUGUAUCUUGGUUCAACGAAUCUUGGUUAAGCCGAAUUAAAGAAGACACCGGGGACAACUGGAGAAUAAAGGCUAGCAAUUUAAAGAAGGUGCUUCAAGGAAUUAUGAGUUACUACAGUGAGUUUCUGGGUCAACAGAUUUCUGAAGAUCUUAUCCCUGAUCUAAACCAAAUAACUGAACAUUCAGAUUCUCUGGAGCUUGGAAGGUUGCUUCAGCUUAUUUUAGGCUGUGCAGUCAACUGUGAAAAGAAGCAAGAACAUAUUAAAAAUAUAAUGACGCUUGAAGAAUCUGUUCAACACGUGGUCAUGACUGCUAUUCAAGAGUUGAUGAGUAAAGAAAUAUUGAGUGCUCCUCCCAGUGAUACCGUUGGUGAAUUAGAACAACAGCUUAAAAGGGCCUUAGAAGAACUUCAGGAAGCACUGGGAGAAAAAGAAGAACUGAAGCAGAGAUGCCAAGAAUUAGAUAUGCAGGUGACAGCACUUCAAGAUGAAAAGAAUUCACUAGUUUCUGAGAAUGAGAUGAUGAAUGAAAAACUUGACCAGUUGGAUGGAUCUUUUGAUGAUCCAAAUUCAAUGGUGGCAAAAAAGUAUUUUCAUGCACAGUUGCAACUAGAGCAAUUACAGGAAGAAAACUACAGGCUUGAAGCUGCCAAAGAUGAUUACCGCGUUCACUGUGAAGAACUUGAAAAGCAACUAAUUGAAUUUCAGCACAGGAAUGAUGAAUUGACGAGUCUGGCUGAAGAAACAAGGGCCCUGAAAGAUGAAAUAGACGUUCUUAGGACUACCUCUGAUAAAGCAAACAAAUUGGAGUCAACAGUUGAGGUCUAUCGCCAGAAGUUACAAGAUCUGAAUGACCUUCGCAAGCAAGUGAAGACUUUGCAGGAAACAAACAUGAUGUACAUGCAUAACACAGUCAGCUUGGAAGAAGAGCUGAAGAAAGCAAAUGCAGCGCGUACGCAGCUGGAAACGUAUAAGCGGCAGGUCCAGGAUCUUCAUAAUAAGCUUUCCUCUGAAUCCAAAAGAGCAGACACACUAGCAUUUGAAAUGAAGAGACUUGAAGAAAAACAUGAAGCUUUGCUUAAGGAAAAGGAGAGACUAAUAGAACAGCGUGAUGCUCUGAAGGAAACAAAUGAAGAGCUGCGAUGUUCACAAGUACAACAGGACCACCUCAGCCAAACAGAUGCAUCUGCUACAAAAAGUUAUGAGAAUCUUGCUGCAGAGAUUAUGCCAGUAGAAUAUAGGGAGGUGUUUAUUCGACUGCAACAUGAAAAUAAGAUGCUUCGCUUACAGCAGGAAGGUACGGAGAACGAACGUAUCGAGCAACUGCAGGAGCAGCUGGAGCAGAAGCACCGCAAGAUGAAUGAAUUAGAAACCGAACAAAGGUUGAGCAAAGAGCGCAUCCGAGAAUUGCAGCAGCAGAUUGAGGACCUUCAGAAAUCUUUGCAGGAACAAGGUUCCAGGCCUGAAGGAGAAAGUUCCAGCAAACUAAAGCAGAAGUUGGAAGCUCAUAUGGAAAAACUAACAGAGGUCCAUGAAGAAUUACAGAAGAAACAAGAGCUUAUCGAAGAUCUUCAGCCAGAUGUGAAUCAGAAUGCCCAAAGGAUCAGUGAACUUGAAGCGGCUCUUCAGAAGAAAGACGAAGAUAUGAAAGCAAUGGAGGAAAGAUAUAAAAUGUACUUGGAAAAAGCUAGAAACGUAAUAAAAACAUUAGAUCCAAAAUUAAAUCCGGCUUCAGCUGAAAUAAUGCUACUUAGAAAGCAGUUGGCUGAGAAAGAAAGAAGAAUUGAAAUUCUGGAGAGUGAAUGUAAAGUAGCAAAAUUCCGUGAUUAUGAAGAAAAACUCAUUGUUUCUGCCUGGUAUAAUAAGAGUCUGGCGUUCCAGAAGCUAGGCAUGGAGUCUCGGCUUGUGAGCGGCGGCGGCGUGGGCAAGGAGUCCGGGGCGGGCGCUCCCCCGGCGCGCUCAUUCUUGGCACAGCAGCGGCACAUCACCAACACCAGAAGGAACCUCUCUGUUAAAGUUCCUGCCGCAACAACCGAUUAAACUGCAGAAGAAAAACCUAAAUAGAAGUGCCCUUAAACUAUUUUUUAUCUUUCAACUAACUACCAAUUGAAAAAGAAAUUUGUAACACUUAUUAAUCAGCUCUUUUAAAAUCAAAACGCAUGAAAUUUAUUUGACCAGCUGCUUUAAACACAUAUAUAAUUGGCGAUUUCUCUGAGGGAGCACAUUUAAAUAACUGAAAAAUGUAGUGAGGCACUCAUCUCAAGCAAACAUGGGUCUUUUGAGAGUAUUAUUUCAAACUGUGUAUAUUUUAGUGUCUUCAGUAAUGCAAGUAACUUGGAACUUGGUUGAUCUGCAGUGUGUAAUUAGUAAUAUGUAAUUGAAAAAUUAUAUCAGUAUUUACUUUAUUAUUUGGGCCCAUAUUGGUAUGUACCCAGAGCAAACCAUAGGAGAGUUCUAUUUUUUUGACUUAAAGUUUAAAAUGUUUUUCUUCCAUUUUCUAAUACUAGUUCGGUAGGUGAGUUGGGUAUGUUUUAUCAUGUGAUUGAAGACAUAUCAUUUGGAAGAUUUGACUAUUGAAAUGAUUUUUCUAUAAUAAAAGUGACAAAAUUUUGCAGAUUAAGAAGAGAUUAUAGUUUUUCUAUGUACCCACUUAUUAAGGACUUUUGUAUGGAAGUCUUAUGUACCUUCAUACCUUGGACAUCUGUAUAGCAUUUUUAAAAUGUCCGAAGAAAUGAACUGAAAGUUGUAAGAGAUGGCAUUCUGAAGGAAGGCAAACUAAAAAAUACACUUUAUGUAAUUCAUCUAGAUUUCUAGCAUAGUGAAGAUGACAAUUAUAUAAGCAAAAUUAUCAGGGCUUCUGGUAAAGAAAAAAAGUGAAUAGUUUCACAUCUUACAUCUUCUUUGAAUGAAGAUGGAAGGAUAAUGAAGCAUUUGGGAGCCUAUUUUGCUUACUAGUUAAGGUAAUCUUUCUUGAGCUGAAUUUGCUCCAUUUCUACCCCAAAAUCUUUCUCAUAUGUUUCCUCUAAUUGGGGGGGGGGACUUUUUUAAGAGUCUACUUUGAAAUAGUAAUUUAGUUGAGUUCAGUCUGUCUUGUAGAAUAUUGUAGCCAUAAUAAAAAUUUAAUUACAUUUUAAAUGCUGAGGAACAUCAUAUAACUAGUGGCUACAGUGUUGUACAAUAUCAAUAUAGACUUCUUUCCAUAUUGCAGAAAGUUCAUUUGGACAGCACCUUAAUUCUUUUAAUAAAAUCUUGCAAAUGCUCUGAUACUAGACUCUGGAAAAUGGAAAGGAGAGAAAUGUUGGGACCAUUUCAGGUAUACAAAGGAAAGUAAUUUUUGACCUAACUACUAUCUUGCAUUCCUUGUGGCUGAAGGCCUUAGAUUAUGACCUACAAAGUUAAUUUUUGUAGUGCUGUUCAAUCAUUCAUUGCACACUUACCAGCAUAUGUCUAGACCAGGGGUGAGUGAACGUUCUGGGAAGAAACAGGUAGCAUGUCAGUAAGUACUUCAGGCUUUGUGGACCAUUUAUCCGGAACAGGUACUUGACUUGUGUUACGUCUGGCAGAGCAGCCGGACAUCUGUGAGCAGAAUGGACCUGGCUGUUGCGAUUAUGACUUUCCGAAAUGGCUGGGAGGCUGGAUUUGUAGGCGAUAGACCUGGUCGAAGUUUUCUCUGCAAAUAUGAGUAUUGUUUCAUUUGCAGUAUUAUUCAUUUAAAUACCUGGAUUUUAGAUUUUCUACCAGUAAACUUUUUAAUCAUUGAAAAUAUAAGAAUUUUAUAUUGUAUUUGGGUUUCUUAGGUUCCAGAAUGCGUUUGACUCUUGUUUUGUCAGGAUUUCUUCUGGUGACUACCUCUUAGAGUUUGGUGUUUUUAUCAUUGUGAUUAUACUGUCAGUUUUUAUUUUCGUAUAUUCUUGUAGUCUCUGCUUGUGAUUUUUAGUGUUGUGAAAUAAGUUUUGAGAUAGUCUUGCAUGGUGAUUAGAGUCUUCUACACAUCCAGCCAUUUUAGUAUGUUUUGGGCAGUGUAACACAUCUGUUCCUUUAGUGUUUACCAUGUGAUUACAGUUGGGGUUUUAUAAGUACUUCAAACCCCCUUUUAUUAAAAUUUAUUGUGAAAUAUCAAUUUCAAUAAAUUAGUAUUUUCACAGUUAUUACUGCUCACAAAUUUUGAUGUUAUAAUUGGAAUUUUGAAACAAUUCAUGAAUAAAAACAAUACUAGACUCA